GACGAAGCAGAACCCCGUCUUCUUCACUCUUACCAUCUUCUUCCGUUUCUUGCUCCUUCCUCUCCUUCCUUAUCCUUUCACUCUUCGUCUGAUUCAUUAUACCCCUUUAAAACCCUCGUGUCAAACUCCUUCCCUUUUUUUAUUGGUGUUCACGACAUGAAUAAACAUUCAUCACUUCCUAGUUCCUCGCGCCCUGCUAAAGGGCCAAGCUUUCUUACCAAGAUCAAGAACGUUACUUGCCUUAAGUCAUCAUCGUCAAGAAAUGGGAAAGGGGGAAAAGGGAGGAGUAAGUCAUCCAGUAACAAAGUUUCCCAUGGGUUUCACUUAGUAGAAGGUCAGUCAGGACAUGACAUGGAAGAUUACCAUGUUGCGGAGUACAGAAAAAGAAGGAACAAUGUUCUUGGAUUAUUUGCAAUCUUUGAUGGUCACUUGGGGGAUCGAGUGCCCAGUUAUUUGCAAGAUAAUCUUUUUAACAACAUACUUGAAGAGCCCAACUUCUGGAAAGAACCUGAGAUCGCAAUAAGGAAUGCAUACCGUUCCACAGAUAAGUUUAUAUUAGAGAAUGCCAUGCAAUUGGGGCCUGGUGGCUCUACGGCAGUAACAGCAAUUGUCAUUGAUGGAAAGGAUUUAUGGGUAGCAAAUCUUGGUGAUUCCAGAGCAGUGGUGUGCGAGAGGGGUAGUGCCAAUCAAAUUACAGUGGACCAUGAGCCACAUACUGAACGGAGAAGAAUAGAGAAGCAGGGCGGCUUUGUAACAAAUCUUCCUGGAGAUGUACCUAGGGUUAAUGGCCAACUUGCGGUCGCCCGGGCUUUUGGGGAUCAGAAUCUUAAAGCACAUUUAAGCUCAGAGCCUGAUGUGAGAUAUGUGCCCAUAGACUCAACUAUUGAGUUUGUAAUUUUAGCCAGCGAUGGAUUAUGGAAGGUCAGUGGUCUUGAAACUCAUGGUUGGAGCUGCUCUUCACCUUUCUCUCCUUUGAUAUUUUCCCUUGAUCACUUAGUAACACAUCCUGUUUUGGAUCACAUAGGCUUAGGAGAUACAUGUGUUUAAGUUCUCUAUAGAACUUUGAGAACUGAGUUAACGAUACCUUACAAUGCAUGAUACAAGGUCCCUGUCCUCUUUUGACUUUUGAAAUAUAAAAGGCAGAAAGAACAUGAAGAGAACAAAUUAUUAUUAAGGGGGCACCUUUAGUUGUAAUAUUUACAACAAAGCAACAAAUCAAGAUGAACUAUUAACCUGAGUCCCAAAACCUGGCGCCUAAAGACCUAUCAAAAGAAUCUCUGAAAGUUAGCCUUUGUGGAGGAAUAGAACCAUUUUCAGCAAGAUGUCUCACUUUAUCCAAAGUCUUAAUUUUCCCAUGAGUUUCAAACAAAUAGGUGACUGCUUUCAUUCUUGGGUGUCUGUGAAGCUUUUAUUUUCCUUAGGGGACCAAAAUUGAUAUUGGAAAAAUCUUUACCUUGUUGGCAUCAUGUAUUUAUCAGUUCAGUAGGAUAUUAGAUUACUUUUUACCUAAGAUGAACUUUGUGAAUCCUUUUCACUCUGCAAGUAAAUCUGGUGGGAAGGUUGCUGUACAUUGUACACGUGUGAAAAUAGAGAAGUUAGGAUUGAGUUUGGGUCGACAUAUAGAUGUAUAACAGACCUUGGAUUGCUAAAACAAUUCACCGUUUGAGAAUACCAUAUAUGUGGCAGCUCUUUUAUAAAACAUGCUCGAGUAAUUUUGAUGCACAUAAUCAUCAAUCUAUUACCCUUGACAAUAUGAAGCAACAGUUAGAAUCAUGGGUAUGAAUAGCAAGUCUGAUAAGUUUGUUCCUUCUCAAGAGAACCUCCCUUCUUAAAUAUACCAUUGAUGUUCUUCUAGUAAAGUGUGGGAGUAUCC